UUGAAUGAUGGCCGCGUCCGCAGGUAGCAGUAAAGGGUUAGAAUUAUCUAAAGCUGAGUAUCUUAAGCGAUACUUGUCCGCUGAUCAAGAUGACACGAUGAAAGUUAAGAAGAAACGUCGUAAGGUUUCUGAUAAAAGAAUGAAAAUUGUGGAUGAUGAUAUAGUAUGGAAUCAGACGAUCUCUAAAGCAGAGGAGAUUGAAGAGGAUGACGAGGAAGCGCCUGUGGUGGCUGAGGUAAUUGAUGAUCGGCCAGAUGAGGUGAGAUUGUUAGAAGCCUUCAGGAGCAGCAGCAAGUGGAGAGUGAUGGGAGGUAACAAACUAAUGUAUGUGGUUUUUAGCUUACCUUAUGUAGCUACAAGUGUAGAUAUUUAUGUUGUGACUUCUGCCCUACUAGAUGAUGAAAGUAAGGCAGACAACAGGGAAGAGAGAGGGAAUCAAUUUCGAGAGCCAGUGGCAUCAGGAAGAACUCGCCAUGAUUCACCAGAGCCCACCACAGCAAGGUGGAACAGACAUGAUUCUCCGGAAGUUCAGUCUGUCCAAAAGCCCCAUCAUGGCUCAUCAAACAUCACACCUCCAAGGAGAUGUCGCCAUGACUCACCAGACAUGUCCCCUCGGAGACAAAAUUCAGGGAAAACUCGAAAGGUACAGAGCAGAGAAUCAUCUCCCAUUAGGAGGAAACUUGACUCAGGUAAAAAACAAUCACCUCAAUGGUCACCUCUGGCUAAGAGGGCUCAAAACAGGCAUGACUCAGACUCUGAUCAGUCACUUCCAAGGAAAAAGUCACUAAAGGGAGAAGCCUCGGACUCUGACCAGUCUCCGCCCAGAAGAAGACCAAAGAGUGGUCAGGGCUCCGAUUCUGACCAAUCUCCACCAAGAAGGAGACCAAAGAGUUGCCAGGGUUCUGAUUCUGACCAGUCUCCACCCAGGAGGCAAACAAGGGGUGGGAGAUCCUCUGACAAUGAUCUAUCACCUCCUCGCAGGCCUGGCCAGUCACAGGGCCAGAGAAUGCUUACUGGGGGGAAAGCAGGUCUGGUUUCCAUAGAUGUUCUAAGGAAAGAGCAGGAGGAAAACCGGCGCAGAGAGAAAACAAACCAGCCGCUUGAAGAUGAGUCCCGCAAUGCCCAGACUGUUUUCAGAGACAAGAGUGGUAAAAAGAGGGAUUUGGACUCAGAGAGAGAAGAUCAGAAAAAGAAAGCUGGAGAGAAAGCAUUAAAGGAUGAGAAAUAUGCUCAGUGGGGGAAAGGGCUUGUUCAAAAUCAGAUGCAGCAGCAGAAAGUUGCAGAUGCACUACAUGAAAUCCAAAAGCCACUGGCACGUCACUGGGAUGAUGAGGACCUUGACCGCAUGCUGAGAGAGCAGGAAAGGGAUGGUGACCCAAUGGCUGCCAUGCUGAGACGCAAAAAGGACCGUAAUUCAAAGCUGCAAGGCAUCAAAGAGAGACCACAGUACAAAGGCCCAGCACCACCACCAAAUCGUUUCAACAUUCUACCAGGCUAUCGCUGGGAUGGAGUGAACAGGUCUAAUGGGUUUGAGCAAAAGCGCUACACCAGAAUGGCCGAUAAAAAGGCGGUGCAAGAGGAAGCUUACAAAUGGAGUGUGGAAGACAUGUAAAGGCACUAAAGUAAAUAGAAAAUGGGUUUAAGAGCAAGAUGAUCAUCAUUAGAAUUGUAGUGAUAUAAAAUUUGAGAAAAAUGUUGCUUUAAGAAAAACUGCUGUCCAGAUACAUACAGUAUGCACCAUACAAAAUUGACUUUUUAAAGCGGUAUCUCCAGAGAUUGAGAGAUGAUAUGUACAUCAAAGCAGUGCAGGGCAUGUAACUGUACAUCAUUUUUUGUAAGUACGAGUAUGAUAAUUGCACAUAGCAGUUAAUUAAGAGCAGCUUUAUGAGUUUCUGUGUUAGAUGUGGAGCCAGCAUGAACGUUUGUGUUUUUCACUGGUUUAUUAAAUAAUGUUUUUUUA